AUCUGCUGCAGUUUUAAAGGCACGAAGAAAAAAAGGUUCAGGGAGUUGUUCUGAUAAGAUAAACAGUUUUGCUUAAAAACGUUAGUUUGUUGGCAAACUAAACAGCAGUUUUAUUGUCGUCACUCGUCUCUAUCUGCUCGAUCUGAAAGUCAUAGCUUGACAUUUUCAUCCGUAAAUGUUGAACCUGUCACAGUGCGGAAGUUGAUGCAGUGUUACCAUACAACAUCUUGGCUAACGUUAGUUACUGUAGAGUAGGCUAGCCCCCUAGCAAGCAAGCUAGCUAGCUAUGAAGGACACGCUUGAUCUUCUUCAUAGAUUCAGCGCGCACCCUGACUCGCGCUGCUGGUACGUCGCCUGGAACCCAAAGGGUACACUGCUUGCUUCAUGUGGCGGUGACCGAGCUAUUCGCAUUUGGGGGAAAGAAGGCGAGUCGUGGGUUUGCAAGUGUGUGCUGUCAGACGGCCAUCAGCGCACCGUCAGAAAGGUAGCUUGGUCACCAUGUGGGAACUACCUGGCCUCUGCAAGCUUCGAUGCCACAACGUGCAUUUGGAAGAGGAAGAACGACGACUUCGAGUGCUUAACGGUGUUGGAAGGCCAUGAGAACGAGGUGAAGUGCGUCGCCUGGUCCCCAUCUGGCAACCUCUUGGCCACCUGCAGCAGAGACAAGAGUGUGUGGGUGUGGGAAGUGGACGAGGAUGAUGAGUACGAGUGUAUGAGUGUGGUGAACUCCCACACACAGGACGUCAAACACGUGGCCUGGCAUCCCACUAUGGAGCUCCUGGCCUCGGCAAGCUACGACAACAAAGUGUGCAUCUACAAGGAGGAGGACGACGACUGGGAGUGCCGGGCCACGCUGGAGGGCCACACCUCCACCGUCUGGAGCGUGACCUUUGACCCCGCCGGCCAGCGGCUGGCCUCCUGCAGCGAUGAUCGCACCGUUAAGAUCUGGAAGGAGGUGCAGCCGGACGGCGAGGUUCCGUGGAAGUGUGUGUGUACGCUCUCCGGGUUCCACGGACGAACGGUGUAUGACGUGGCGUGGUGUCGGCUGACCAGUGCCCUGGCCACAGCCUGUGGGGAUGACGGUGUGCGCGUGUUUAAGGAGGACGUGACCUCUGACCCCGAGCAGCCCGUCUUCUCCAUGAGCGUGCACGUGCCCAAAGCGCACGGCCAGGACGUCAACUGCGUGGCCUGGAGCCCCAAGGAGGCGGGGCUUCUGGCCUCCUGCAGCGACGAUGGAGACAUCUGCCUCUGGAGCUACAAAUCAGAGGAUUGAUAUCCCCUGAUUGGCAGGCUAGAGGACUAAUGAACCGUGAACGUGUUGCUGUAACGGAACGUGAGCCUUGCGGGUUGAGUCGGAGUGUAGGCAAGCUUUAAGAUCAGUCGUAUGCCAAAACCAUCAACACCCAUGUGUGAAAGGAAUCCCAACUGAGGGUGUAAAUGCUCAUUUGUUUCAGAGGAUUUUGCCAUGCCUCAUUUAGUAUUGUCUCUGCCUCUGUAGGAUCAGAACAAGAGCACCUCCUCAUAUGAAGUUCAACAUUUAAUUCACUUCACUUUGUGAACAAUCCCUCUUAAAUGCUUUUUUCUGGUAGAACUUUUUCCAUCAUGUGCUUUUCGAUUUUUUCAUGUGAUUGUCACGCAAUGCAAAUGGACUGAGUUUUGAUUAAAAUAAGAAAUGUAAUUACUAA